AUGAGCAUGCGUUUCGUCUCCGUGCUGGCGUAUGCGGACGCCAGCACGCGCAUAAUGGUAAUAUCCACAAGGCAGCUGUUGGCAAAGCUAAGCCACCCGCUUCAACGUGUAGGCCUUGAGCGGCAGAUCCGCGCCUGUCAAGACGGCACACUGGAACCAGAGGAGGAGGAGGAGGAGGAGGAGGAGGAGGAGGAGGAGGAGGAGGAGGAGAAGGAGGAUCUUGGGUCACCAAACGAACCGAGACCUCUAUCAACUCCCUCGACGAUAUGUCUGCCCGAUCUCGAUCCCCCAUUUGAGGGGAUUCGGGCCUGCAACCUCCACCCCGUCGGCCCUCGUCCCUAUUCAUUCGUAUGCCCGCAAACGAUGCUUCAACUGCCCAACAACCGUGAACCCAUGCCAUACCGCGGGGAUCUAGGAACCGUACCUCGGAUCCCAGCUCGUGUGUAA